AUGAGCCAAGAAAAUGGUGGUGAGGACGCGCUGGAGCUGGAAUUGAGGGCUCGAAUUAUGGAUCUGAGAAGGACAAUCCGUGGUCUUGAAAGGCAACGAAGAGUUGUACUCCCAAUGGUCCUUGAACCGAUGGUAGUGGCGCUGUUCUACCAAAUGGCAUUCGAGGAAUCUCAAAGACAACGCAUAGAACUCGACACUGCCGAGAGAUUCUACCGAGAUACCUAUCCCAACCUGUUGGAACGAUUAAACUUACAAGAAGAAAAUGAUGAAGUUCAGGAGGAUUUAUUGGACGAAGAACAUUUAAAUGCUGUAAUAGAAGUUUUUCAUUACAUGCAACAACGCGGACAGCUUCCACCAGAAAUUCCGGAAGUACCAGUCAAUCUAGUGGAAGUUCCGCCUUUGGAGAACGUUCAAAUCCCUCCGCCUCCGCUAGCAAUUCGUCAAUUUCCAGUGGCUGAAGCACAAGGGAAUCCGGUCGUCGCACCUCAACAACUUGGGGAUCAGGAGUUUAGGGAACGGUUUCUUGAAGCGGAAAGACACGCGGAAAGACGAGCAGCAGCACAAAUAAAUCUUGUUCCACCAAAUUUGAUUAGACUGGAAAGACUAGCGCGAAGACGAAUAGAAAAUAUGAAUGCUGCUCCUUUGGUUCGAGAACAAAUUCUUGUAAGGCAAAGACGAGUAGAAGCUGCUGCACAUCGAGAAAAUCAAGAUCCAGAAAAUUUUAUUCAAGUUAUCCGUGCUGAAAAUCGACAAAAUCAAGAUGAACCACGUCAAGAGGAUCAAGAAGGCCCAGAAAACCAAAAUCCAGAAGAGCCACGUCAAGAGGAAGGCCCAGAAAACCAAGCAGUGCCUGAAAAUCAACCACAAAUUCUUCUUGUUAUCCGAAGGCCAGCAGUUACCGCUCCAGAAGCCCCAGUUGUAGAAAGACCUGCUCCAGAGGAGCAAAGAGAGGUUGUUGGACUAGAAGGACAACGCGAAGCACAACCCGGAGAGCAACCAGAUCCAAAUGUAUUCUUUAUUCCACCAGAACGACGGGUUGGUGAUGACGGAGUUCCACUUCCACGAAAUCAAGAUGAACCACGCCAAGAGGAUCUAGAAGGUCAAGAAAACAGGAGACCAGAAGAGCCACGUCAAUGA